UAUAUACAUAGGCAAACAAGGCUGCAGCUCCUAAUGUCAUUUCAUAGAAGACGCCCGAUAAUUCGUCUUUGACUUAGUUUGAUCUGAAUGUAACAGCCAAUGGAUCCUGGUCCAGGUACAGCUCCCAUCCAGAACGAUUGUGAGACAGAAAGUUAGGAAACUGAAGUAGAGAUAAAGGUGUAGUAGAUAUGGUAAAAGAUUGGAGACUAAAACAAACUGGUCAAGUUCACUCUGGAGCUGGUGGCCCUCCUGGCGUCCGACCUCCAUGUCCCUGUUGAAGACUACAGAGUCUAAGAUUCUUGCCUGUAUUAAGAAUGAUUUAUGGGCCAGGUUUGUGACCCUCGCAAACCAGGACCGCAUAUGGACUCUGUCUCUUACCAACAAGGGGACUCCCAAAUCUGCAGAACAAGCACCUAAGACUCCCCUGGUGAUGGUUCAUGGUUUUGGAGGAGGUGUAGGGCUGUGGAUCAGGAACUUGGACGCCCUGAGCCGCUCACGGACCGUCUACGCCUUUGACCUUUUGGGCUUUGGCAGGAGUUCGAGGCCUAGCUUCCCGUCAGAUGCUGCUAAGGCAGAGGAGCAGUUUGUGGACUCCAUUGAGCAGUGGAGGCAAGCUGUUGGUCUGGAGAACAUGAUCCUGCUGGGGCACAGUUUGGGGGGCUACCUGGCUACCUCAUAUGCAAUUCAGCACCCUUCCAGAGUGUCGCACCUUAUCUUGGUGGACCCUUGGGGUUUCCCUGAGCAAGCCAAACCAGAGACCCAGCAGAGCGAGGAUCAGGGCACUGAGGCGGUGAAGAGGCCCACCAUUCCCAGAUGGGCAAGAACCAUUGUUUCGAUUCUUUCUUUCUUCAACCCGCUGGCUGUGAUUAGAGCUGCAGGCCCAUGGGGCCCAGGCUUGGUGAACAGGUUCCGCCCCGACUUCAAAAGGAAAUUCGAGGAUCUCUUUGAUGACGACACAAUGACCCAGUACAUUUACCACUGUAAUGCGCAGACUCCAAGUGGGGAGGUAGGUUUUCGGGCCAUGUCAGAAACGCUAGGGUGGGCUAAGAGGCCAAUGCUGCAGCGAGUACAUAUUCUGCCGCCCUCCAUGCCCGUCACCAUGCUGUAUGGAGCUAGAUCCUGGGUGGACAGCUCAUCUGGGGACAAAGUAGCCGAGAUUAGGGGCAAAGCCCACACCAAAGUACUGCUGGUAGACAAUGCCUCACACCACGUCUACGCUGAUCAACCAGACGAUUUCAACAAAGUGGUAGAAAACAUAUGUCAAUCUGUAGACUGAUGGCAUGUGUGUGUCUGCAAAAGACCGGAGGUUCUGCGUUGAAUCUGCACAAGUCGUCGAGGCGGACUCGGCCCUGGAGCCUGUGCAUGCAAAGCACUCGGAGUUGUUCUGUUUUGAGGCAUUUGAAUGAAUCUGAAAGUGAUUCUGCUGUCUUUCUUUCUUUUUUUUAUUUAUUCCCCUAAAUAGUUCUUUUGCUCAUAUUUCACAGCUGGUUUAUUUAGUACGAUCACAUUUGUAUUUAUUACAUGAUUUACUCGUUACUGUCUUCAAACAGAACAUUAGCCAAAUGUUUGAAGAUGUUUAUUGAGUUGAAUAUUUGGUUAACGCAAUAUAUCCAGAUGCGCCUCUUAGAACGCUCGUGUUUUAUUGUUUUUUGAGCUGCCAGAUGGCUACUGAUUCAUAAUUUAUUAUGUGCCUGACAAGCUGUUCUUACUUUGCCUUCGGUGUGUCUUAUUUCCUUUUUACAUCAUCACACAGCUGUAAUUUAUAUAUUAAAAACGUAUAUAUAAAAAACAAAAUUUCCCACACCAGCAAUCAGUGAUGUACUACAUUACCUUUCCACUAGAGGUCAGCACUCAAUGUUUACGUAACAUUCCGGCUCAAUAUGAGUGAAACUAUACAAGAAAUUUCUCCCCACAUUUGCAAUAUUUACAUAUUUAUUACUGUUUUGGACCUAAACUUUGAUCACAUGGUGGCCGGGGAAUAUUUGAGCAAUAAAGUUCUACAGUGAAUCUGACUUUUAUGGAAGAGUGGCAAGAGUUUGUCAAAAAAAACAAACGGUUUAUAUCAAUGCAUGUCCCUGUGUGAGAAGGGCUCAGUCAAAGUCUAGACUUAAAUUCAAUUGAGAAUUGUAGGCAAGACGUAAAAUCUGAUGACCUCAUAUUAGACACAAAGUUUAUAGACUCUAUCCGUGAGGUAAAAAACCAAUUUUAAAAAAAUAUUAUGAAAAUGUAGCGUUUUAUUAUUAAAUUCUGUUUAGAUUCAUAACACACUAAACCCAUUAUUGAACAGUAAUAAAAGUAAAACUUUGUUUUAUAGAAUCUUGGAUGCAACAAUCAAAGAGCCAACAAACUUUUUUAAGUGAAAUUUCUUCCAAUCGUAAUCUAUUUCUAAAAGGUAUAGUCUGUCAAAGUAAGAUCUUGGACAUAUUUGUGUGCAUUUUCCCCAUUCCUCCAUUAGGUUCUACUUUUCACAGGCUCCGACUCUAACUGAAUUAAGGUUCAACAGAAAGAACUGUUCGAAUAUCGAUGUCUAAAUUGUUCUGUGAUGUAGCUGCACUCGAAAAUUGGCUUUGUUUUGUUUCGUAAAACCAAAAUACACACAGACGUCGAUUUUUUUAUAUAUAUUUUGUAAAAAUAAAAUAAAGUCUGUUUUUCA